AUGCGUAAUAAGAAACAUGGCACUAAAAGGAUACCUUGCAUCAAGAUUAGGCCCAACGAUCACAAAUACAAUGUGGUGAAUUCGUGCAACGGCUUCCUUUGUUUGUCUGAACCAAUUUUUAAUGACCCAGUUGUUGUCUGCAACCCUGUAACAGGCGAGUUUAUGCACCUUCCUGAAGCUUCUAAGCAGGAGAACCAAAAGGUUACCAUCCACUGCGGAAUUGGUUUCAGUCCAAAAGCUAACAGAUAUAAGGUGGUGCGAAUCUUUGAUCACGGGUCACCUCAUCCUAUUACGAUGGCUGAGGUACACACUCUUGGGUCAAGUUCAUGGAAACUCAUUGGUAGUUGUCCCUGCUCAUCAUAUAACCAGCUAGCGUUCCCCACCUAUAUUGAAGGAGCACUUUAUUGGUUUUACAAUGAUCCUUUAAAAUAUGUCAUACUUUCAUUUGACUUGGACAGUGAGAACUUCCAAUCACUUCCACCACUGCCUUUUCAACGAGAGCAAUAUCGUAAUGUGAGCAUGGGAGUUUUGGGAAAUUGCCUUUGUGUCUGUGAUGCUCAUGGUAUUCAUAUCAAUUUGUGGGUACUGAAAAAUCAUGGUGCAAAAAGAUCUUGGAGGAGGAAGAUUUCUAUUGAAACAGAUCAUUCUGGGUUUGAUGGUGAAAGGUGGCCUUCUGGCUUAUAUAAACCAAUGAAAUACUGUAAGGAUGGGGGCUUGUUGAUGUUUAACUAUCGUACUAAUGCGUUGAUUUACCAUCACCCAAAAACCCACAGAUUUAUUUAUCUCAAGCUUCGUGGGAUCAAGUCAAAAUUUUCAGCUAUCAGUCAUGUUCCAAGCUUUAUUUCACUCAAGGACAUUUUGGUGGGGGAUGAUGUCAACAUACUGAAUAUAAAUUCAAGGUGUGCACAGAUGAAGCUGCUAGGAGAGACAAGAGCUCUUUUUCUGGAGGAAGAAAUUGCAGAUUUAGCAUCAGACUUUUUCACGUCUGAGAGUAGCGAUGAAGACUAAAAUAGAUCUGGAGGGCUGAGUGUCGAGUGCACUGUGCCCCAUUUUGCUGAAGGAUUAUAAGUGGCUGUAGUAUCUAUGUAGUUGGAACCUUGAUUCCUCUCACCUAAACUGACCCGCUACUAUUUUGUUCUAAGCUACUUUUGUUAGUCUUGCGUCCGAAAUUUACUUA